AUGUCGGAUCAAAUGAGGGGCAAAGGGCGAGGCCUGGCCUUGCUACAGGCUCUGAAGAAGUCUCAAGCCACCUCAUCAUCCAAUGAUGCUUCUACUAGCACUCCGGGGCCUAGUACAGCUCCAAGUGUAGUUAGCGAGUCUACUUCAAGCCUUGCACCUACUGCCUUAUCAUCCACUUCAAUGUCUUCGGGCACCUCAAUUGGCGGUAGGGGCAAGAUUGCAGCUAUGUUACUUGCUAAGGCUAAUGCAAAACCUGGAGGUCCACAAUUUGUUCCGGCUAGUGACAUUAGUCCAUCAUCGGCAAGAGGCGUAGGCAGAGGACUCAAGCUGUUACAGUCUCUACAAGCUGCGAAGGCUGCCAGCGCUGCCAGUGUUGCCGGUCCAUCCGGUGACAGCUCAAGGCCUCAAGUAUCACAGAUCACGGAACAAAUGUCUAAGACAUCGAUUACAAAACCACCUGAUAGUAGUACUCGUUCGAAAAAAGUUUUCCGCGAAGUAAAAGAAACCCCACCGGUUGUGAAGAAAGGUGUAACUGGCAUGCCAGUUGAUGUGACCGCCAAUUACAUUUAUUUGCAAUUUGAAGAAAACAGUGUGUAUGAAUAUGAAGUCAGGUUCGACCCAGAGCAGGACUAUAUGAAUUUGCGCUACAAACUUCUUGGUGAGCAUCAUCGGUACUUCCCAAACAAGACAUUUGAUGGUACAACCUUGUAUGUGCCACACAAACUACCUGAAGAAGCUCUCAACUUGAUGUCCACCAAUCCUUAUGACAGCAGCAAAGUUAAGAUUACUAUCAUAUUCCGUCGAACACGUCGUCUGAGUGAAAUGAUACACAUCUACAACGUGAUAUUUAGGAACAUUAUGAAUGACUUGCAACUAGUAAGGAUUGGUCGAGAACAUUUCAAUGACCGAGCUGGUAUUCCGAUACCCCAGCAUAGAUUGGAAAUUUGGCCUGGUUACGUGACAGCAGUUUGUGAAUACGAAGGAGGUUUAAUGUUGACCUUGGACUCUACGCACAAAGUAAUUCGGACUCAAACAGUGCUGUCAUACAUAAAAGAGGCUGUUCAAUCAGAGGGGUCAGGCUGGAAGAAGGCUAUGGCAGAGAGGCUGGUCGGCUGUUCUGUUAUGACUACGUACAACAAGAAGAUGUAUAGGGUAGACAGUAUUGACGAUGAAAAGACGCCACGAUCAACAUUUGAGAAGCUUGAAAAUGGUGUACCGGUGAAAAUAAGUUAUGUCGAUUAUUAUAAAAAACAAUAUGGUAUUGAAAUUAAAGACUGGGAUCAACCAUUGUUAAUAUCCAGGGAUUCAAAACUUUUGCCUGGCACAGAAGGUAAAACAGAUUUCAUGAUAUCUUUAAUUCCUGAACUGUGCCAGCUAACUGGUCUCACGGAUGAUCAACGAAGCAAUUUCAAAUUAAUGAAGGAUGUGGCAUGUCAUACUAAGAUAACGCCGAACCAACGUCACGCGGCGUUCAAAAAGUACAUAGAAACGGUGAUGAAAAACGAAAAUGCAAAGCGUCGACUAUCUGGUUGGGGUCUGAGCAUAGCUCCGGAGACCAUCAACAUAACAGCCAGAACGUUACAACCGGAGACUCUGUUCUUUGGUAACAAUGUCCGAGUGCCAGGCAGACCCAAUGCUGAGUGGAACGGUGAAGUCACUAAAAACCAUGUGAUGCAAGCAGUCGAUAUUUAUAAAUGGGCGCUCCUGUACACUGAUAGGGAUAAGAGAGUUGUUACGGACUUUGUGGACACAUUGAAGCGCUCCUGUCGCCCAAUGGGUAUAAAUGUCAGCGACCCUGAAAUGUUUCGUCUACCGAACGACCGCACGGACGCGUACGUGCACGCCUUGAAGAAGCUCAUCGUGCCAGACUUGCAGAUUGUUGUAAUCAUCUGCCCGUCUGCUAGGGAUGAUCGUUAUGGAGUUAUCAAGAAGAUAUGCUGUGCUGACAAUCCUGUGCCAUCCCAGGUAAUAAACGCCCGUACAUUAAUGAACCCGAAUAAGAUUCGUUCGAUAACGCAGAAGAUUCUUCUUCAAAUGAACUGUAAGCUGGGCGGCACUCUAUGGAACAUUAAUAUACCAUUCAAGUCAGCUAUGGUCAUUGGUAUUGAUUCCUACCACGAUGUUUCGCGGAAGAAGCAGAGCGUUUGCGCUUUUGUCGCAUCGUACAAUCAAUCAAUGACUCAUUGGUACUCAAAGGUUGUGUUCCAAGGCCGCGGCCAGGAGAUAGCCGACCAUCUCAGAGACUGCUUCGUACAGGCUAUCAGAGUCUACCUCAGUGUAAAUGGUAACUUACCUGAUAGGAUUAUUAUAUACAGAGACGGUGUAGGUGACGGUGAACUAAAAGUGAUAAAGGACUUCGAAAUUCCACAAAUGCAGAUUUCCUUAUCUUCAUUUGAAGGCAGAACUGUACCGGUAAUAACUUAUUUAGUGGUACAGAAACGUAUCAACACGAGAAUAUUUUUGAAGACACCAGGUGGGCUGGAAAAUCCUAACCCGGGAACUAUUGUGGACCAUGAUAUUACUAGACGUGAUUGGUACGACUUCCUAAUAGUAUCACAGAAGGUGAACCAAGGUACAGUGACCCCUACACAUUACGUAGUAGUCCACGACGACAGUGAUAUGACGCCAGACCAAUGCCAAAGACUGACAUACAAAUUAUGCCAUUUGUACUACAAUUGGCCUGGCACAGUCAGAGUGCCAGCCCCGUGCCAGUAUGCACAUAAACUGGCAUCUCUAGUUGGCAGUAGCAUACAUCAAGAACCAGCUGAAACAUUAGCUAACAAAUUGUACUUCUUGUAA